UCUGCCGUCAAUUGGUGUGUCUCACAACAGGGAUAUCAAUUCGCCGACGGAUAACCUACAUCAUAGGAUCAUCAUGACUCCCUACGGAAUACUCAUCCUCGUCUCGUGCCUAGCCGCGGUCGCGCUAUCCGAACGAGAUUGUAAUCGAAUCGGGGACCACAUUUGUCUUCCUGAGGAAAGGUGCUCUUCCCAUGCAGUAAACAAAGAAAUCAAGAGUUGUGCUCAAGGAAGCGUCUGCUGUCACAGCCAGAAGAACGACAUCGACCCUUGCAAGAAUCGAGCUGGAGGUGAAUGUGUAUUGGAGGAUUGUGCCGUCGAGGCGCUCCCGGGAUCGUGUCCGUCUCCACAGAAGUGCUGUGUGCGACUCCGGUGAUCGUCACUCCGGAUCUAGAUCGGAAGCCGCAUUGACCACAUGCAUAUUGUGUGAACCUAAAGCCAGAAUUUCGAACGCCACGAGUUACGUGAUCAAGCAUUCGGAUGGCCAACCAGGUGCUCCU